CGAAUUGAACGAACUCAUUGUAUAAAUAAGCUUAACAUUGACACCAUCAACUUCAAAAACAAUCAAAGACAUAGUCAGACCGACCCAACCCAAAUCCUGACUGACCUUUUCACCACACAAUGCUUUCAUCCAUCUUUCAACCUUUUACCAACCACAAAAUUCUCACGCCCAUAAAAGAUAACUAAAUCCCUCGAUCUUAACAUAUCAUUCCAUUAUUCUCAUUUCUUGAUUAAAAGUUGAUUUGGUUAGUUAGUUGUAUAAAUAAUUACAGUAUUAUUUAAGAUGGAAGAAAUGCUAAACAGGGGCUCGGUCAGGCGAACCACGAGCCGGACCAUGAGCCGUAACAGGAGUUCGGCUAGUUGGAGGAUGGAAGAUGUGUUUACAGCCGGGAGUGGGGGCAGCUACAACCGCCGGUCCAGCCGUCACUCGGAGGAAGAUGAGGAGGCACUUAGAUGGGCAGCUUUGGAAAAACUACCAACUUAUGACCGUUUAAGGACCACCAUCAUGAAGUCUUACAUGACCGAAGAUGAUGAUGAUCAUCAUAAUUAUCAAAAACAGAACGUGAUGCACAAAGAAAUCGAUGUACGUAAGCUUGAUCCAAAUGAUAAGCAACAGUUUAUUGACAGGAUUUUUAAAGUUGCCGAAGAAGAUAAUGAAAAGUUCUUGAUGAAGUUCAGAAAUCGUAUUGACAAGGUUGGGAUCACCCUUCCAACCGUAGAAGUACGGUUUGAACGUUUAACAAUUGAAGCCGAUUGCUAUAUCGGGGAUCGAGCACUUCCAUCGUUAGUAAAUGCUGCUCGAAAUCUGGCCGAGACAGUGUUGGGAUGUGUAGGCAUCAGUUUGGCUGAAAAAACUAAGCUCACCAUUCUUAAAGAUGCAAGCGGCAUUAUAAAACCAUCAAGGAUGGCACUUCUUUUAGGCCCACCUUCGUCCGGGAAAACAACUCUUUUGUUGGCUUUGGCAGGAAAGUUGGACCCUAGCUUGAAGGUUAGGGGAGAGAUUACUUACAAUGGAUAUAAACUCAAUGAAUUUGUACCACGUAAGACGUCGGCAUACAUUAGCCAAAACGACGUUCAUGUUGGAGAAAUGACGGUUAAAGAAACACUAGAUUUCUCUGCAAGGUGUCAAGGAGUCGGCUCACGUUAUGAAUUAUUGACGGAGCUUGCUAGGAGAGAAAAGGAAGCUGGCAUUUUCCCAGAAGCCGAAGUUGAUCUCUUCAUGAAGGCAACGUCUAUGGAAGGAGUUGAGAGCAGUUUAAUUACUGACUACACUCUUCGGAUUUUGGGACUUGAUGUAUGUCGAGAUACCAUCGUCGGUGAUGAAAUGAUUCGAGGGAUCUCCGGGGGUCAAAAGAAACGAGUGACGACAGGGGAGAUGAUUGUUGGGCCGACCAAGACAUUGUUUAUGGACGAAAUAUCGACGGGGCUUGACAGUUCAACGACAUUUCAGAUUGUGAAAUGUUUGCAGCAGAUUGUUCACCUUACUGAUGCCACGGUGUUAAUGUCUCUGUUGCAGCCCGCACCAGAGACAUUUGAUCUGUUUGAUGACAUUAUAUUAUUGUCGGAAGGCCAGAUCGUUUAUGAAGGCCCACGAGAACAUGUUGUCGAGUUUUUUGAAAGUUGUGGAUUUAAGUGUCCAGAAAGAAAAGGCACUGCAGAUUUCUUGCAAGAGGUUACUUCAAGGAAAGACCAAGAACAGUAUUGGGCUGACAGAACCAAACCAUAUCGAUACAUAUCAGUUACUGAAUUCACAAAGCGAUUUCAACGAUUCCAUGUUGGACUACGACUUGAAAAUGAGCUCUCGGUUCCAUUCGAUAAAUCAAGGAGCCACAAUGCUGCAUUAAUAUUCAAGAAAUACUUGGUUUCUAAAAUGGAUCUUUUAAAGGCUUCAUGGGAUAAAGAAUGGCUAUUGAUCCAGAGAAACUCUUUUGUCUAUGUUUUCAAGACGGUUCAAAUCAUCAUUGUGGCCUUCAUUGCAUCGACGGUAUUCUUAAGGACUAGAAUGCCUUCAAGAAAUGAAGGAGAUGGAGCUGUUUUCAUUGGUGCACUUCUGUUCAGUAUGCUUAUCAAUAUGUUUAAUGGUUUUGCUGAAUUGUCGCUUACUAUACAACGACUUCCAGUCUUUUACAAGCAAAGAGACUUGUUGUUCCACCCGCCAUGGGCAUUUACUCUUCCAACUUUCUUGCUUCGAGUGCCUAUAUCAAUAGUGGAGACUACCGUUUGGAUGGUCAUCACGUAUUACACAAUUGGAUUCGCCCCUGAAGCUAGCAGGUUCUUCAAGCAGUUCUUGUUGAUAUUUCUAGUCCAGCAAAUGGCUGCUGGAAUCUUUAGAGUUAUUGCAGGAGUGUGUCGAACCAUGAUUAUUGCCAACACCGGGGGAGCGCUCAUUCUCCUCCUUGUGUUUCUUUUGGGUGGCUUCAUCCUUCCUAAAGGUCAAAUUCCAAACUGGUGGGAGUGGGCAUACUGGAUUUCACCCAUGACAUAUGCUUACAAUGCCAUCUCAGUAAAUGAGAUGCAUAGUAAUAGGUGGAUGAAGAAAAAUGCUACAGACAAUGUCACCAAGUUAGGAAUAAAAGUUUUACAGAACUUUCAGAUACCCACUAGCAGCUACUGGUAUUGGAUUGGCACGGCUGCUCUAGUUGGUUUCGUAAUUCUUCUAAACGUUUUGUUCACCUUAGCUCUCAUGUACAUGGAUGCCCCUGGGAAACCACAAGCAAUAAUAUCUAAAGAAACAGCCAUGGAAAUGGAAGAUAACGAGGAAGAACCAACAGAAACACCAAGACUAAGAACAAUGACAUCAAGAAGAGAAACACUCCCUCGUUCUUUGUCCGCUGCAGAUGGAAACAAUACAAGGGAAAUGGCAAUGCGAAGAAUGGGCAGUCGAACUGGUGCCCAAGACUUAUAUAGACAUCAAGAUUCAUAUGCCGAGGCUGCAAAUGGUAUAUCUCCUAGAAAAGGGAUGAUUUUACCAUUCACUCCUCUUGCCAUGUCAUUUGACACUGUAAACUAUUACGUCGAUAUGCCCGCGGAAAUGAAAGAACAAGGAGUGACCGAAGAUAGGCUUCAAUUACUACGUGGUGUAACCGGUGCAUUUAGACCUGGGGUCCUGACUGCGCUGAUGGGGGUUAGUGGAGCUGGCAAGACGACACUAAUGGACGUUUUAGCAGGCAGGAAAACAGGUGGUUAUAUUGAAGGUGAUAUAAGGAUAUCUGGAUAUCCCAAGAAUCAAGAAACAUUUGCAAGAAUUUCAGGAUAUUGUGAACAAACAGAUAUCCACACGCCUCAAAUCACAAUUCGAGAAUCCUUAAUAUACUCUGCUUUCCUUCGACUACAGAAAGAAAUUAGCAAUGAGGAAAAGAUGACUUUUGUUGACCAAGUGAUGGAGCUUGUUGAAUUAGACAAUCUAAAGAAUGCAAUUGUGGGACUUCCGGGGGUUACUGGUUUAUCAACAGAACAAAGGAAGAGACUAACAAUUGCAGUAGAGCUUGUAGCUAAUCCUUCAAUUAUUUUCAUGGAUGAACCGACUUCUGGGCUUGAUGCAAGAGCAGCGGCCAUUGUUAUGAGGACGGUGAGAAACACAGUGGAUACUGGAAGGACCGUUGUUUGCACUAUCCAUCAACCUAGCAUUGAUAUAUUUGAAGCAUUUGAUGAGUUGCUAUUAAUGAAAAGAGGAGGACAAGUGAUCUACUCUGGACCAUUAGGAAGGAACUCCCAAAAGGUCAUUGAAUAUUUUGAGGAAAUUCCCGGGGUUCCAAAGAUACAAGAGAAAUACAAUCCAGCAACAUGGAUGCUUGAAGUAAGCUCAAUUGCUGCAGAGAAUCGACUUGGAAUGGAUUUUGCUGACUACUACAAAUCGUCUCCCUUGCAUGAAAGGAACAUGGGUUUGGUGAAGGAGUUGAGCACGCCUCCUGCAGGGGCAAAAGAUCUUUAUUUUGCAUCACAGUAUUCUCAAUCGACAUGGGGACAGUUCAAGUCUUGCUUAUGGAAACAAUGGUGGAGCUAUUGGAGAAGUCCUGACUACAAUCUUGUUCGUUACUUCUUCACUCUGGCUUGUGCACUCAUGGUUGGGACUAUUUUCUGGAAAGUCGGAACUAAAAGAGACAACAGCAAUGAUUUAACUACAAUUAUUGGAGCUAUGUAUGCUUCCAUCCUUUUCGUGGGUAUCAACAAUUGCUCAACAGUACAACCGAUAGUAGCAACAGAAAGAACAGUAUUUUAUCGAGAAACGGCUGCAGGGAUGUAUUCUGCAUUACCAUAUGCCAUGGCACAGGUUUUUGUGGAAAUACCAUAUGUAUUAUUUCAAACAACAUAUUACACUCUCAUAGUGUAUGCCAUGGUUAGCUUUGAAUGGACAGCAGCUAAAUUCUUUUGGUUCUUUUUCAUCAAUUUUUUUUCGUUUCUCUACUUCACAUAUUAUGGAAUGAUGACGGUUUCCAUCACACCGAACCAUCAAGUAGCAUCAAUAUUUGCAGCCGCAUUCUACUCCCUUUUCAAUCUCUUCUCUGGUUUCUUUAUCCCUAGACCCAGGAUUCCUAAGUGGUGGAUAUGGUACUACUGGAUUUGCCCGUUAGCGUGGACUGUAUACGGUGCAAUUGUUUCACAGUAUGGUGAUGUCGAGAACUUCAUCAACGUGCCCGGGCAAUCACCAGUUAGAAUCAAGUCGUAUGUGAAGGACCAUUUUGGUUACGAACCAGAUUUCAUGGCACCGGUUGCUAUAGUUUUGGUUGGUUUUGCGGUCUUUUUUGCUUUCAUGUAUGCAUAUUGCUUGAAGACAUUGAACUUCCAAAUGAGAUAGUUAGCUCCUCUUCUAUAUAUAGUCAAAACAAGAUGUACGUACGUAAUAUAUAGAUACAUUUAUUAUCAAACCGUUUGAGAUGGCCAGGGUUAAUUAGUAGUAACAUUUUGCAUA